UUCUUUUUGCUCAAAACCUAGAACAAAAUUUCUAUCGGAAUCCCUCACCACUCCCAGUUCGAUUACGUCUUCUCCAAAGGUUUAUAGACGUCGUAUGGUGGUUUCAACCACCGUUUGCAAUGCCCCGAUGAGCUAUGCAGUUCCGGAUUAGACUUCCUCUGCACCUCAAGGAAUCAUCUUCGGCGAAGUGUAUCUCCUUUUACAAUUCGCCAUCUUCAUUUUCUGCGAAUUCUUGGCGAAUCACUAGUAAAUCGUGUUUCUGCGCUCCAAAGCUUGAGCGGCGGACCUAGAAGCACGAAUUGGGUGACCUAAAUACCACGAGACCAGUCUCCUCCCUUUCCUUUACGAAGCCAGGGCCCUCCGGUGGAUGUGGAUUAGGAUGGAGGGAGGGAGUCACGCUUGUUGACGCCGGAAAAUCUUUGUUUAGGUUUCUUCCUUUCCGCUUCGCUGCUGUUUCAGUGGAGGUUCUCGCAUUCUGCUUCGCAUCCGUUUCUAUUGCCUCCAAACCGCUGCUGGCACGUCAGAUUUGUUGUUUGGUGUCGGCAAUUCUAUAGUUGGCAGGUAAGUUUUGUGCUAAUUUCAUUUACUUGAGGAUUGCCGCCGUCCGGAUAAAGGAUAGGCAUCCGUGUGUUUAAUAAUGGCGACGAAGAGAUUCUAGGGUUUUCCUUAGGUUUGAUAGUGUGUGUGUGUGUGAUAUUGUGUCCAUAGGGUUUCUUCUACUCAGCGCGAGAAGAGGAACAAACCCACUGCAUUAAAAAUACUCAGGUAAUCCCUCAUCAAUCUACGUCUUCAUCUUAACACGCAAAUGCACAAGCUAAUGGUCGUUAUGACGCAAGUAUCCUAGGUGAGUGGGGUAGAUGCGUCAAUUGAGAUUGUAUCUCCUUAAAUCAUAUAGGUACUAAUUGAAUAGACAUGAAUGUUUCCCUUGCCUUUCUCUGUUUCUUGGUUGGGUCGUGAGAAAUAGUGAUAUCAGAUUGCUAAGUCGCCCAAAUGCACUGUGUCGUGGUGGCUGGCUGCUUGCUGUGUACCUAAACUGGAGCACUCGGUUGCAAUGAGAAUGAGGUUUAAAUGUGGAUCCUGAUCAAUUUUUAAUUGGAACCCCUUAACUGCCAGACUGACCAAUUUAGGAUCCUGCUUGCCAGAUCACAAUGUUUAUGCCAACAUGUAUCUCAUUUGGUUCGUGAAUUUAGUACUUAUUGAACAGAACACCAUGACUUGACUUUGGUUGGGAUGAUACUGGCUGCUUUGAAGGGUUGAUUGUGUUUUAAAAAAGAUAAAUAUGGACACACUGAAUCUUAUGCUACUUGGAUUGAUGGGUAACCUACUGCACUGUUGUGUUGUUGUUGCGUGCUUGCUUGCUAUGCUAAACUUCUUAUGUGCUGCUGCUAUUGGAACAACAACUAGGAAUCAACUCCCUGUUUAGUAAAACAUUGUCAUGAAAGAAAUCAUAGUUAGCCAAAUUCCUAAUUAUUUGGUUGCAGGAUAGUUUCUCUUUGUGGCUUCAUUAUUAUUUUUUUUUUUUUUGUGAAUGGCUUUUCUGUUUUUCAUUUGAUUUGAGAGAGUUGGUGGAUGCAACAGAGCAAAUUUUUUUUUCCUUGAGGUGGUGAUUGUGUCUUAAGUUUUUGUCCUUCAAAAGUUCUAACUAACAGCUAGCCUAAACUGAAGUCUUCCUUGAUAUAUGGUCUCUACAUUUUUUACAAUGCACUGUACAAAUUCAUACUUAUACACCACUUUGAAACAGAAAACGAAAAAAAUGCAUCUUUUCCCAUGCACACUUGGAAUCUAAUCAAUGUGGUAUGUCAACUUGUGGUUAUUGGAUUGCCCAUUUUCAAGAUGGUGUGUUCAGAAUAGAUCAAUUGGAAUCUCUACUUUCAUAGAUGGCGUUCUGUUUGCAAAUUCUCUUUAGUCUUCCUCCAACAUGGAAUAAGAUGUCUCAUUUGAUAUGAAGAUCAACUAAGCUAGCUGGUUUUGAGGUAUCAGCGGAGGGUUCUACAUAUUUUGUGUUGUUAAACAUUCAUUUUCUAUUCUGUAAGUAGCUGUAAAGAAUUGAUUUUUUGCUAAUUUGGUCAAAAUUCACACAAGUGGCUGCUCAGAAGAAUAUAUUUUUAAUAUUGGUAACACUUAGUUAGAAGAGUUUGAAAUGGAAGCGUAUGUACUGUUUGGCGAAACAAUAUUAGUUAUAAAUUUCAUGGAUGGUAUAGGAUUAUUUUUCUGCCUCAUCAUGGCUGCUUCUAUGUGAAUUGCUUAUUGGAUUCUCACUCAAUCUCUUUAGUUGUCUCUUCUUCAACGAUGGGGGUUGCCUUUACUGCUCUAUUAUGGUUGGAAACUGAGUAACUAACUGUCAUGUCAUUAAAAUUAUCAGUCAUGCAUUUCAAAUUUCAUAGACUUAAACUUGGAGGGUCGUUGAAUUGAAAUUAAGCACCAACGCAUAUCCUGAAAUUAGCAAUAGAUAUUAACUUAUUUGUAGAUCAUAGUUAAGCCUUUGGUUUUGUGCAUAUAACGUGGGGUCGCAUAAAGUAUCCACGCCCAAAGUUAGUAUCUAUGGUGCCCGGAGCAUCAUGGAUGAAUCACAGUCAGUUUCCCUAGUUCAACAUUGAUUUAGGUGGAGAAAGUCUUAAAAUAGACCUGCAAUGUGCGAGAUGCUUACAUGUGUACAUUGGGUCUGAAUAUUACAAGUAAUUUCUUUAAGCAAAGCAGGUACUAAGUUAAGCUUUAUAGUUCAUUGUGCACAAUUGGAGCUGAUCAGUUAUCACAACCCAUUCUUGUACAAUUAUUGGGAUAAGUUUCCAAAGUAUAAUUCUUUUCAGUGUUGAGCUUAAGAUUAAUUUAUUAUGCUACAGCAUGGCUCGUAUUGAACCAACUGGCGACAUCAAGAAAUUUGAUAAUGGUGUCGAGGUUUACAAAGCCAAGUUAAUUUAUGAUGAUUUGGCAAUUGAUUAUCCGGUUAGCGUUCGAAGUGUUCCAGUAGAUCUUGUGGAGGUUCUUAACAUUGAAGAAAGGUAUUUUGGAAAAGCACGAAAUGAAGCUGGAAAAGGGGUGUUGCCCGGAGUGAGGACAUUGGAGCAAGACAAUAGACAAUUGUUUAUUUAUGAGCAAUUCGACUAUGAUUUGGAGAAGUUCGCUAAAUCAUUAGUUCAACCGGUCAUCAGGACAGAUGGAGAAAUGGAGAUUAACUUGAAACUUGUAAUAAGGAGGAUACUCUAUCUGCUGCACAAACUCCACUACGAGUUGAGAGUAGUACACGGCAACUUAAUCGGCCAUUUGACCAAGGAGUGCAACAUCGUGAUUUCGGAACCUAGAAAUGGUGAAUUUCUUGUUAGAUUGAGUUGCUUUGGAGGGGAGCAAGAUGAUUGCAACGAUUUAUAUGAACUUCUUUCCCGAAUUACUGUUCCUGCUGAUCCUGUUCCUAUUCCUUCAUGGUUUGACACAAUUAUGAAUUCAUUAUGGAAUAGAAGUAUUCGGAACUUGUACAAUUCCCUGGGGCUUCUAACAGCGAAACAAAAAUUUGAGUAUUUUUGGAGGGCUGAUGACAUGGUUGAAAAUCUUCCGCUUGUCAAGAAACAUCUUAAUGGUGCUUUUCCCCGUAAGGCAUGGAUAAAUGAGGUGCAAAAGGAUUCCAACUUCUUGAAGGUCUUGGAAAACGAGGGGAAAGGGAGAAUUCCUAGGGAUGAGAAAGCUUCAACAUUUCUACAUUUUUGUAGAAACCUCACCUUCCAUUACAAGGAAUACAAGGGCAAAAAAGUGGUGAGCAAGAAAUACAAGGGCAAAAAAGUGGUUUAUCCAAAAGAUGAUGCUGCUGUCUAUAAGAAAUUGUAACCGAUUUGGCUCGAGUUCUUUGAUAGGCUACAUAAGAUACUAUCUGAGAAAGGUGUCUUCAUCUUCGAGUCUCAAAAGUUAGUAAGAUGAAAAUUAUUAUGAUAAAGACUAUCUAUUUCCCGUAUGUUCUAAAUUAAUGUAAAUUGUUGAAUAAUCAAUUUUUAGGGUUGAAGAAGAUUGGCAUUGACAUUUCUACCUGGGUGAGGGGAUGCGGAUGCUACCCAUGUGAGUUUCUUGCUCUUUCUUCUCCGGGAUGACUUUUUAACUAUUAAAGUUUAUAGAGGUGAUGAUGUCAUUGUUUCAUGAGAAACAAUUGAGUUCAAUGCAACUAUAACAAUUGCAUGUGCAUUGUGCUUGUUUUCUUUGCUGUGUUUGCUAACCAUAUCAUUGUUUUUUUACAUGUUUAGAUAAUAUUAACGAUUAACGGACAAUAUUAAUAAUAACAUUAAUUUUCACUUUGUCUUAGUCAAGCUAAUGGUAAUUCUAUUCAACUAGCUAUCUAGUUGUGUUUUCCUUUUUCAUCCACCAAUUACCAUUAGAGUUGGUUUUGAUCAAGUGUUUGCUGCCUUUGAUUCCUUUGUCUAGGUUGGUUUGCUGGAGUAUUUGCUGACUUACGGAAGGGGUGUAGAACUACAUGUUUGGAUGAUUGCAGACAUAUAUUGGAUCAUUGCUUGAGUCCUUAUAAACUUGGGACUUACCAGUUGACAAAGUUAACUAUGUAGUUUGAUUGGUUGUUUAUUGCUGGAAUCAUUUCUCGAGAUACCCUUCAGAUUUGUAUUGGAUUUGAGUUUAAUCAUCUUCAUUGAAACUAGAAUUAUUUGGAUGAUAUGGACUAUUAAAUGUUUUUUUAGAAU